GGCAGAAUAAAUGCAAGCCUGUGUGUGAGUGUGUGUGUGUGUGUGUGUGUGUGAGGGAGUGUGUGUGUGAGGGAGUGUGUGUGUGAGGGAGUGUGUGUGUGUGUGAGGCACUGAGUAUUGCCUGUAGCAGACUAGCAGGCAGGACUGCUGCUGUACUCUUGUUUUACCAGACCUCUCUCUCCUAACCCUGUCCAGUUGCGCAGGUUAGGCCUGCUUCUUCCCUCACUGCAGGAUAAAAGGAUCAGUGUAGCAGAGGUAAACAGACGACAGGCGUCCUUCUCCUCCUCCUCUUCUACCACUUCAUCGCUGACAGCUCCUGGCGGACGUGCAGGCAAGAUGAUAGCGGCUCAGCUUCUGGCCUACUACUUUACUGAGCUGAAGGAUGAUCAGCUCAAGAAGCAGAAAAAGGAGAUUUCAUCGCUCUGGAUCUCGGGGGUUCAAACUUCCGUAUCUUGCGUGUCAAAGUGACACAGGACAAGAAGCAACCAGUUCAGAUGGAGAGUCAAGCUUAUGACACGCCUGAUGACAUCAUCCAUGGGAGUGGGACACAGCUCUUUGACCAUGUUGCUGAUUGCCUCGGAGAUUUUAUGGAGAAACAAAAAAUUAAGGAUAAAAGGCUCCCUGUGGGUUUUACAUUCUCAUUCCCCUGUGUCCAAUCCAAACUGGAUGAGGCAGUCUUAGUGACAUGGACAAAGAAGUUUAAAGCCAGUGGUGUUGAGGGUAUGGAUGUUGUGAAGCUCCUAAACAAAGCAAUUAAGAAACGUGGGGAUUAUGAAGCUGAUAUAAUGGCAGUCGUGAAUGAUACAGUUGGCACUAUGAUGACAUGUGGAUUUGACGAUCAGCGUUGUGAAGUGGGAAUCAUUAUAGGAACGGGAACAAAUGCCUGCUACAUGGAAGAAUUGCGUCACAUUGACUUGGUGGAAGGGGAUGAAGGCCGGAUGUGCAUUAACACUGAGUGGGGUGCCUUUGGCGAUGACGGCUCCUUAGAAGACAUUCGCACAGAGUUUGACCGUGAGAUUGACAGAGGUUCUCUCAACCCRGGGAAGCAACUGUUUGAAAAGAUGGCCAGUGGAAUGUACAUGGGAGAGCUUGUUCGACUCAUUCUGGUCAAGAUGGCUAAAGAAGGGCUGCUAUUCGAGGGGCGAAUAACCCCCGAACUACUCACCAAAGGAAAGAUUGAGACUAAACAUGUCUCUGCCAUUGAAAAGACUAAAGAGGGCUUAAAGAAGUGUAUGGAGAUCCUGACGAGGCUUGGUGUGGAGCCGUCAGAUGAGGACUGCCUGGCUGUGCAGCAUGUUUGCACCAUCGUUUCCUUCCGUUCAGCUAAUCUAAUUUCUGCAUCUCUGGGAGCUAUCCUUUCACGCCUCAAGGAUAACAAAGGAGUUGUUCGUCUUCGCACAACUGUGGGAAUCGACGGUUCUCUCUACAAGAUGCAUCCUCAGUAUGCUCGCCGCCUGCACAAGACAGUUCGUCGUUUGGUUCCAGACUCYGAUGUGCGCUUCCUGCUGUCUGAAAGUGGCAGCAGCAAAGGUGCAGCCAUGGUGACAGCAGUGGCRUACCGGUUAACAGAGCAGGCACGCCAAAUCCAGCAGACUUUGGCAGAAUUCAGGCUGAGCAAAAAGCAGCUGUUAGAAGUGAAGAAACGCAUGAGAGCGGAAAUUGAAAGAGGCCUGAAGAAGGACACCCACAAGGAGGCGACAGUCAAAAUGCUCCCAACCUUUGUUCGAAGUACACCAGAUGGAACAGCUUUUCGACCACAUUGUGCAUUGCAUCUCUGAUUUUCUGGACUACAUGGGGAUGAAAAGUGCUCGACUUCCACUGGGAUUUACCUUCUCCUUCCCCUGUCAUCAAACCAGCCUGGAUGCGGGUAUUUUGGUAACCUGGACAAAGGGCUUCAAGGCAACAGACUGUGAGGGUGAAGAUGUUGUAGAGCUUCUGAGGGAAGCCAUCAAGAGAAAAGAGAUUGAAGAGCCAGAGUUUGAACUGGAUGUGGUGGCCAUUGUGAAUGACACUGUGGGAACCAUGAUGACUUGUGCCUAUGAAGAACCCUCUUGUGAAGUUGGACUGAUUGCAGGAACAGGAAGUAACGCCUGCUACAUGGAAGAGAUGAGAAACAUUGAGAUUGUGCCAGGAAAUGAGGGUCGUAUGUGUGUGAAUAUGGAGUGGGGGGCCUUUGGAGACAAUGGCUGCCUGGAUGAUAUCAGGACGAUUUACGAUCAGGCAGUGGAUGAGAACUCACUCAAUGAAGGCAAACAAAGAUAUGAGAAGAUGUGCAGUGGAAUGUACCUGGGUGAAAUUGUCCGUCAGAUUUUAAUCGAUCUAACCAAGCGUGGUUUUCUGUUCCGGGGACAAAUCUCUGAGACUCUGAAGACCAGAGGCAUCUUUGAGACCAAGUUCCUGUCACAAAUAGAGAGUGAUCGCCUCGCACUGCUGCAGGUCAGGGCGAUCUUACAGCAGCUGGGACUCGACAGCACCUGUGACGACAGUAUUAUUGUCAAGGAGGUGUGUGGCACAGUGUCCUUCCGUGCUGCGCAGAUCUGCGGAGCCGGCAUGGCUGCUGUUGUGGACAAGAUCCGUGAAAACCGAGGACUGGACCACUUAGACAUCACAGUGGGCGUUGACGGCACCCUCUAUAAACUGCACCCACACUUCUCUCGGGUCUUCCUGCAGACAGUGAAAGAACUAGCUCCCAAAUGUGACGUGAACUUCCUGCUGUCUGAGGACGGCAGUGGAAAGGGAGCWGCUCUCAUCACUGCUGUGGGCUGUCGCCAGAGGGAACAGGAUGCCCAGCAUCACUGAGGGGCUCGCAACAACUACCUGCUGCUCCAGCGUGACCUUCACCCACCACACAGCCCUAAUCCAUUUCACCUUGGCAGCCGUGACUCCCCCUCUGCCCCAGCCAUAACCAUGCUGCAUAGAACAAAAACUGACGAUCCAAAUAUUUAUUUAUACUGCCAGAAUGUUUAUUAUUUCCCUGUUUGUACAUUUUAUUGAUAGCUUAUCAAUAAUCUGAAAAAUUCAAACUCCUUAGGUGUGCAAUAUUUGUGUACUGCUAAUUUUAUUUUUAUAUGGAGGCAAAUAUAUAACUGUGUUUAUAUUGCUGAAGCCACUUUUAAUCCCAGAAGUUAUAAGAAUUUUGCACCAUAUACUAGUUAAUGUCUGCACUUUUUAUAUGAGCGCUACAACAGAGGCAUUUUAUCAUCGUUCUCUAAUGAAAGGCAUCGUUCUUACUGAAGGAUGAAAUGUUUUUACAGCUCGAUAAGGGCUUGCUCAAGUCGGGUUAAAUACAAGAGUCACGGCUGUUAAAAUCAUUGUAAACACACUCAUGAUGUGCUAGACUACUAAUCUUUGUUUGUGUAACUGUCACUGUUGUUCACAUUUCAGAUAUUCCUGCUGCAACAUACCAUUUAUUCCGUAAGAGUGGACAAGGUAGAAAAAAAUGAAGUGUUAGUGUAACUUAUUAGUAUUUGUGAUUUAAUAUUAUUUUGGUGUUGUGAUGAAUCCCAAUUCUAUUCCUUGUAUGUGCAAAGAAUAAACAGUUAUUGGGUCCUAAGAA